UCCUAAAAUGUUGCAGAGAAAAUUGCCCCAUGUGAAAACACCAGCAUUGUACACAAAUGCCCCAUGAAUCACCUCAUUGCCCUCGAUUGGGCUGCUCUCAGAGUGAGGCACAGCUCAGCAUGAGGACGAACCUUUUCAUGGUGCUACCUACCCUCAUGUUGAGCUGGCUUUCGGUGCCCUCUGGAACCGGGACCUCCAUGUCCUGUUCAGAACAACUGUCCCCAUCUCUGUAGGGUAACACGUCUGCCCCAGACCAUCCUCCAGCUCUCUUUUUUAUCAAUAAGUCCACCAGAUCUCACCGUGGCGGUUGGGGUGGUCAGCUUGAAAAGCCACAAGAGAGAGAUGAAAAAGCUGGACAAGCUGAUUGUUCAUGAAGACUUUGACAAGCUGACUCUAGACAACGACAUUGCCUUGCUCCUGCUCGACUCCCCCAUCCGGCUCAACGAACAUAAAGUCCCUGUCUGCUUGCCUCUGAUGCAUGAUCUCCGCACAUGGAAGAACUGCUGGGUGGCUGGAUGGGGAACCACAGUUGCAGGGGACAAGAUGAAAACCACCACCAUGCUCCAGAAAGUGGAGAUGCAGCUGAUAAGCAAGAAGCAGUGCACCCAGUGGAUCUCGCAGCUGACGGACAACAUGCUGUGCGCCGGCUACGAGGACGGAGGGAAAGACGCCUGCCAGGGUGACAGCGGAGGACCACUCGUUUGUACCUAUGGGAACAUCAGGAGGUGGUUUGCAGUCGGCAUAGUCAGCUGGGGGCAGAACUGUGCAGAAAGACACAGUCCGGGAAUGUACACCAUCAUCAUCAACUACCUCAUCUGGAUACAGAGAAAGACAGCCUUGGAAGGGAAGCCGUUCAUCCCCGAAGCAAAGGGGAACACCACGACUCCCAAGACACUCCUUUCGGGGGCCAGGAAGUGCCCAGCGCCUCCUAAAUCUCCUCUCCUUUUCUUUAUCUAUUUUGUAUCAACUAUUUUGCUAAAAAACAUUUUCAAAUCCUAA